UAUCGCAGAUUGUUUACUCAAUUAAAUGAAAAGGUAAAGUGCGCUUAGUUAACAUCCCGCUAAAAAAAACAGGUAACGAAUUUUUCUCUGUAUGUGUCUGUAAUGUUGUCUAUUGUUUAUGUGGUAAUGUGUUUGUUGUCUUAAUCAGUAAAUGCGCGGUGCACGUGCAAGACUGAAGAGCGUCGUCAGGAGCUGGAUUUUGUAUGUGUAUCGUCAUGAAAAAGAGAAGUAAAACUACAGAGCAGCAUGAGCUCACUGAAAGUUCACAGGAACAGACUGAGAAAAGCUGUAAAAAGAAGGAGAAGAGGAGAAACAGUAAAACUGAAUCUGAUGAUAAUCUGCAAACAGACACAGGCAAAAGGAAAAGGAGAACGCUGGAUAAUGAAGGCGAGACUUCAGUGAUGGAUGAUGGAGUCUCAAAUCAGCAUGAAGCACAAACACAAGAGCUUCAGGGUUCAAGGGAAGAGAAGUAUUCUGUGAGAUUGAGAACGAGAAAAACUGCGACACAAACAAGCUAUGAAGACGUGGCAAAAGAUGAACAGACUAAAAUCAAGACAGAGCAUAAGGAAGGGUCAAACACCAGUGAUAAGGAAAGCGACCCGCCUGAUGUGAUGAAUGGUACUAGAAAACACGCGUCAAAGGAUGAAACUGUGGUUGAUUCAAAGUCCCUGGACGAACUGAAGGAAUUUUGCCCUAAAAUUACGUUAAAAUCACAUAAUGUACAGGAUAUUAAUAAAAUGAUCAGGUAUGACCUGCCAAGAUUCAAGGAAUUCAGAAAACAAGGGAUCGCACUGAGACAUGGAAGAUUUUCUAAAGCAGAAAAUGAGAGGUUAAGACAGAACGUAAGCGACUUUCUGGCCCUCACACAAGUGAAAGAUGCGGUCAUGCUCUUUCAUCCCAAACGGUUCCCAAACAAUACCAAGAAACUGGCAAAGUUAAAAAGGAAGUACAGGUUUUUUGAAAGGAUUGCGGAAGGAAUUCCCAGGCCUUGUCAUGAUGUUUACACCCGUGGAACAAAGAUUUAUGAUGAUAAAAACAAUAAGGGAAAUUUUACUGAAAAAGAAGACAAAUCGCUGCUGAAGUAUCAUGCACGAUAUGGCAAGGACUGGCAAAAGAUUUCUAAAAAGACAGAUCGAAGUUCUUACUCUCUUGAGAAGCGGUUUUCACACCUUAGUAAAAGAAGGGGACCGUGGACAACAAAGGAGGUGCAGAGGCUUUUAAGGGCUGUGCGUGACCAUGUUGUAUCUGUGCUGAAAUCUGCCAACCCUAAUAAAAAGAGACCGAAAAGAGUCAGUAGAGAAAUACUGUACCAAAAAUUGCCCUGGACCAAAAUUGCUGAGCAGGUGAAAACUCGAUGCUGGAACAGAUGCAGAGAUAAAUGGUGAGAGAGCACUUCUGGCCUAUUUCCACUGAGUAGUACCAUAUGGUACGGUUCAGUUUGGUAUGCUUUUAUGGCCGUUUCCACUGUCAAAGGCGUACCGAACCGUACCAUACCACUUAUUCGGCACCUUUUCGAAAGGGUAACAAACAUGAGAAAGGGUAUCAAAAGGCGGAGCUAGACGUGCAGCUGAACGCUAUU